AUGUUUUAUUUUUAUUUUUUCUUUUCAUUUGUAAAAUACCGUGAUUGCAAUCACUUAUUAUUUUUUCAAUUGUAUCGAUCCGAUUUGAAGGCCUCGAUCCGAGAUCGGCCGACUAGAAGAAAAAUAAAUAAGUCAUUUGAAUCAUCACCAUCACAAGAGAAGCAUGACCUUCAUGAUUUCAGUUCAACAACUCAAUCUCGAACAUAUAUAAGUAAACUUACUUUUGAAGAAAACGAUUCUGCAACUCAAUUAGCACUUCUGAACGAAGAAGUAAGGGAUUGCGCAAUGAGUUAUAGAUAUUUGCAAGAUGUUAGAAAGAUUAUCUGCAUUGGACGCAAUUAUGCUGCCCAUAUUGCUGAAUUAAACAGUAAGACCCCCAAGCAACCCUUUUUCUUUUUGAAACCAUCAUCUAGUAUAAUUACCCCAAUUACUCAGGCGCACCCACGUCGUGAUGAUUUACCCACUGGUGCAUGUUUCCAUGGGUUAAGAGAAGAUGGUGGUAAUCCCUCAUGUAUUUAUUUACCAAAGGGUACGGAUGUACACCAUGAGGUUGAGUUGGCUUUAAUUAUGGAUAAAUAUGUAUCCAAUGCACAGGUAGGUGAUAUCAAUGCGGGGAAUGUUUUCGACUUGAUUAGAGGUGUUGCCUUAUCGUUUGAUUUGACUGCAAGGAACAUUCAAUUUGAGGCGAAGGAUAAAGGGUUACCUUGGUCUAUUGCUAAGGGGUUUGAUACUUUCUUGCCCAUGUCACAUUUCAUUCCUAAGGAUGAAUUGAGUAAGGACAAGGAUAACUUACAAGAUGUGUUUAAAUUGGUUUGUAAAGUUAAUGGAGAGGUAAGACAGAAUGAAUGGAGUUCCUUGAUGUUGAACCCAUUAGAAAAGAUUAUUCAAGUUAUUUCAACUACGAUGACUUUGGAGCCUGGUGACAUUAUCUUGACAGGUACACCAUCUGGUGUUGGACAGAUUCAACCAGGAGAUGAAAUCAGCGGAGAGUUAUUUUAUGGUGAUAAACAACUGGUUGAUAUGAAAUUUGAUUGUGAAGAACGUCCGGGACCAUAUGUUUUCACAGAGACAUGA